UGCGCCUUCAGCUGUCUCGACAAGUCGCCCUCCGCAUCUGCUGUGGACCGUCUGCUGUUUCCGCGAGCUCACAGCCAGCCUAACAUGGCCGGCAAAGCAGCCGACGCGAAGCUCCUGCCGCAGUGCGUUGCCGCCUUCGUCGUGAACCUGGCGACGCUGGCGAACGGUUACUGCCUGGGCUGGCCGGCAGUGGCGCUUCCCGUGCUGGAGAGCAACGGCACGGCGCUGCGGCCCAGCCCGCUGGAGUCGCCGCUGAGCAAGGACGAGGCCUCGUGGGUAGCGGCCGCCAUGAUCCUGGCCAGCUCCUUCACGCCGCCGCUGUACAGCGCGGCGAGCGCGCGCUGGGGCCGCAAGGUGGCGGGCUACCUGUCCGCGGCGCCGUUCGCGCUGGGCGGCGUGCUGCUGGUGCAGGGCCGCUCUCUCGGCUGGCUGGUGGCGGCGCGCCUGCUCGCCGGCGUGGGAUCGGGCGGCGUGCUGGCCGUGGCGCCCCACUACGUGGCAGAGGUCGCGCAGGCGCGACACCGAGGCGCCCUGGGCACCGUCUUCGCCAUCCAGCUCAACGUGGGCAUCCUGCUGGCCUACGUGGUCGGCGCCGUCGCCACCUACCGCAGCGUCUGCGCGCUCUGCAUCGCGCUGCCCACCGUCUUCGUCGCGGCGUGGACCGCCCUGCCGGAGACCCCGCAGUACCUGCUGUCGCGCGGUCGCGACGUCGACGCCCUCAGGUCGCUGCGGUGGCUGCGCGGAGCGGACUACGACGUCGAAGAGGAGCUGGAGCGCCUCAAGAAGACCGCGGCGCCCUCUUCCCGAGAUGGGGACACCGGUCACGCCCGGGAGAAACCGUCCUUGGCGGACUUCUUCUUGGACCGCGCGUCGCGACGCGCCUUUAUCACGGUGAUGGUGCUGGUCGCGAACCUGCAGCUGUGCGGCAACUUCGUCGUGAUGAACUACGCGGUGGAGCUGUUCUCGGAGGCGGGCAGCAGCGUGCCGGCGGCGUGGUCGGCCGUGGUGGUGGCCGCGCUGCAGCUGGCCGCCAGCGCGCUCACCUCGCAGCUGGUGGACCGCGCCGGCCGACGGCCGCUCCUGCUGGCCUCCAACGCCGCCAUCGCCGGCUGCCUCGCCGCGCUCGGCGGCUACUUCUACGCCAAGCGGCUCUGCCUCGACGUCUCCCCCGUCUGGUGGCUGCCCGUGGCGUCGCUCUCGCUCUUCGUCGCCGCCUGCAACCUGGGCGUCGCCGCGCUCGUCUUCGUCAUCCUCAACGAGAUGUUCGCGCCCGACAUGGCGCACAUCGCCAUCUCUAUCGGCAUCCCCACCUUCCUGCUGGCCGCGUUCGCGGUGCUCAAGGCCUACGUGUACAUGCUCGCCUGGCUGGACAUCUACGGCGCCUACUGGCUGUUUGCCGCCUGCACCCUGGCCUCCAACGUGUACAUCUUCUUCUUCCUGCCAGAGACGAAGGGUCGGCCGAUUGCCGACAUCGUAGCGGAGCUGAACGGUGGCGCGAAGAAGUCUGCGCGCCACGAAAUGUACGAUCCCGUCGCACAGUCAGAGAAAGCGUGACCACUCUGUGGGACCGAGGAGCACUAACCUAGCCACCGAGGAUGAACCUUACUCGAAGGAACGAGUUCGUUAUAGAUGGUGCACGACAUCCACGAACCAUUCUCAUAACACUGUGAAUUCUUACAUAUGUGUGUGUGUGUGAGCGAAAUUUACCGACAAAACUUCAGAGGUCAAUCACAAAUUUCUGCAAAACGAGUCGCUGUGCCCUAACGUACAUUAUGUCAAAGGCAAUUUCGAUACGACAUUCUGGAUGGUGUAAAUAGUCUUCACGCAUCUGCCGCCAGAUGACGUUGUGCAAAUCCCACAAUAUUUCCUUGGAGCAACUGUCCGACAUCAUCAGGUGGUUGAACAUCGCUGGUGGCUAGGUACGACUGACAACAUCCGCAUUUUUUUUUCCUUUAUUGAAUUUCAAUUCCCCCCGAAGGGAGCGGGCUGGCAGCAGCUUGGUACGCUGCUCUACAGCCUACAGACAUUUUUAAAAACGGAGGAAGAAAAGAAACAAGAAAAACAGGCGAUAAAACGGUGACUUAAAGUGUAAAAGGGCGGAAAAUUGUAGGAAGUUAAAACAGAAAGCAAAGGGUUGGCAAUGUUAAUGAAAUACACAGGAAUCAGACAAGUAACAUAGUGGACACACAAUUAAAAAACAUGGCGACAGUCUGGUUUCUGUUCGCCAUCUAUCAGCAAAUUUUUGCGCAUGCGUGGUUCCCGCGCCUGCGCAAUCUGCACGCGCGUGCUCUAUAUACAGCGGCGGCGACAUGCGGAUCUUGUCAGUCGUAUCUAGACACCAACGAGGUUCAACCAACUGAUGAUGCCGGACAGUUGCUCCGAGGAAAUAUUGUGAGAUUCGCACAAUGUCAUCCGGCGGCAGAGCCGUGAAGACUAUUUACAACAUAUCCGCUGGGAAAGCCUGAAGAGUCACAUUCUGGAUGGUGCCUGAUGUGCUACGAGGACCUUCCUUUUCAUUUCUGACUCAUUUAACGUAACCCCAUUGUACAACUACUUCAUCUCAACAGCCACCGUCCAUUUAUUUCUUGGCUGCGCAGUGUAUCCCAUGUCCGCUAGUGCUGUGUCUAUACGAACUGUAAAAGUCAUGGAUUAACUUCACUGUUCUACCGCUUGAGCCUUGUCCUGCAGUUAUAUAGGGUCAGCCAUUGUUAAUCAGAUCCGGCACGUUAAUGGUUAAAGGGUGCCCGGAUGCCCUUCCUGCCGCCACCCCGUACCCUUCCCCCCUCCCUCAGGGACGGAUUUAGUGUAUCCCAACUGUCUGCGAGCAGUGUAACUGAGGCGGAACAUGGGGACCACCCCGGUAUUCACCUAGCGGGAUGUGGGAAACCACCUAAAAACCACAUCCAGGCUGGCUAGCACAUCGGCCUUCGUUGUUAAUCCACAGGGCGGAUUCGAUCCGGGUCCGGCGCGCCUACCCGAGCCCAAGAAGCACUCGCCUACCCUGGUGGGUGGAUUAAGUUCGCUGUAUUUACUCAAAAUAGUCUCACCAGGAGUCAAUAUACAGAUAAGUAGUGGUAGUAUGGUAUUCUGCCUUACGGCAAGUCUUGUCGUGGGCUAAGCCUCUUCCAAUUUUGUCUGUCUGCAGCCAGUCUUUUCAUUUCUGAAUAUUUGCCUCCUUUGAUACUGUCCAGCAUUUCAUAUCUCCUUUUUCCUCUUCCCGUUUCUCCCUCCACCAUUCCUUCUAUUCCGUUCUCCAAUAAACAAUCCCUCCUCAGACAAUGUCCAAUCGAGUUCCAUUUUGUCUUUCUGAUGACUUUCAGCAUGUUUCUUUCUUCUCCAACUCUUCUUAAUACUUCUUCAUUCAUUACUCGGUCAGCCCAUUUCACUUUUCCAUUCUUCUCCAUAUCCACAUCUCUAGUGCCUCCAAUCUUCUUUCGUCUUCCUCCCUCAAUGUCCAGGUCUCCACAUCACAUAGCGCAACGAUCCAGAUGUAACAUUUGGCAAGUCUCCUCCUCAGAUCUUUGUUUAAUGCUUCACAAAGUAAUUUCUGUUUCCUCUUGAAUCAUUCUUUUGCCAUUGCAGUUCUUUUCCUAAUUUCUGUUGAGAAAUACACAUAAUCCAUUAUUACACUUCCCAGCUAAAAUCUAUCUAAAAUCGUUUUGAAGCAGACACUAAAGUACUUCUUUUGGAACUUCAUUUAAUACUGGAAUAUAGUUUUCUUGGAGGUCCUAAAUUGCUUUGUGUCCUUUCAUUGCCUGCUUCAGUUUGGGGAACAAAGAGAAGUCGGCUGGUACCAAAUCCGGCGAAUACAGUGGCUUAUCGGGACUGGCCACCUAGUGGGUUGUGUCAUUGCUGCGGAGGAGCGACCUGGAACCUCCUUCUCUGUAUGCUGGUCUAAUUCGAUGUAUUCUCGCCCACAUACGAUGAAGGACUCACAAAACUUGGUUCUGCCUUGCUGGUCCACGGCCAUUUCCGACAAGUGUCAGACACGUUGUGUUACAUUUGUAGCCAGGACGCCUGCUACAGUGAAGCACUACAGUGCCACAGCCCGCCACGAGAUAACCUUACAGUUGGGAAUUUCACAUAAGCAGUGCUAGCAGAACUGGGAUACGCUGUAUAUAUUCCAAUGUCUUUCUUCUUCUACAGAAUAUCCCCUCUGCAGCACACUCUAGUACCAUGGAUGGUAUUCCCUGAUGCCUUAACGCAACUCCUAUCAUCUGGCCCUUUCUUCUAAUCCGGUGAUUUCCAAUAUGGGAUAAUUACCCCUUGAGGGGUAAAAUGUAGUAACGUGAAGGGUAAAAUCAAAAAUUUUCAGUUGUCUUUCCAUUAGGAAAUGAGAUUUUAAUUAAAACAUCGUCACCCUCAUUACUACUUCGUAAGAUCGUAAUAAUGAUUACGCAAGUCGCACACUUUUUUUAAUACUGGAGUAGAUUCGUGUCACAAUGUGAUGGGGUUACAGCUUUUGAAAUGAAUGUAUGACAAUUAUCUUCAUCACGUAAUCCAUGUAAUCCACCCAGUUCACACAUACUUUGUACCAUGCAUCUAUGACAGCAGAAUAGACGCUUACGUGACGUCCUUGAGUAUUUCAUAAAAAUGACCUUUCCGAGUUGUAAGUACUUCCCGCAAUAGACCAGAAAUUCAUUUGCAGCAAUAAACAAUCUAAUUGACAGCACGAUACAACAGCAACUGUGUAAUGAUUACAACGCUGCUGUAGGGCCUACACUGAAUUAUUAUUAUCAGUGGAGUUGAUCAGACAAAGCAGUCGGAGGACUUCCGAUUUCAGCGAGUUUAGAAUUACGGAGACGAGCAGUCAAGUGACUUACACUACUACAAACAGUAGGCGUAACAAUAGUGCACAUAUUUUAAUUUGGCUGGUUUUAGAUGGGAGUAAGGGCUCUGCAUGAUGCCAUUGUCACUAAGGGCAGGAGGGUUGCAGAGGACAUAUUUUGUAAUAAGUGUCCACCUUUCUGAGGAAGAGUUAUAAGUAACAGAAUUACCUCAUAAUUCUAUUAAAAAGAGUUGUUAGAAAUAAGCCGUAAAGUUGUCUCAUUGACACAUUAGCUAGUGGUUCAGUGAAACAGUUACAAUGAAUGAAGACAGUUUAUCUUUCGUCAUUUUAAAAGUGAAAGUGUCCUUUCCCAGUCUAAAGUUUAGUCAGAUGUAAUUGUGGGGACAAGAGGGGGGGGACGCCGUACUAGCUAAUAAAUGAUUGCACUUAGGGGUAAUGUUCUCAGAAAGGUUGGGAAUCACUAUCUAGUCAGUAUUUUCAUUUAAUCAUUUCUUCGUCGUUCAAAACCCUUCAUUUCUUGCCUUAUCAUUCCACUUAAUUUUUAGCAGAUUCUCUGUAACACAAUACCUUAAACGUUUCGAAUCUCUUAUCUUAGACCGUGCCAGUUGGUGCAGGGGUUAGCACACUGGACACUCAUUCUGGAGGACAGCAUGUUAAAUGCGUUCGCGGUCGUCCAAAUGUAGGUUUUCCACGCUCUCGUUAUAUCGCUCCAGGCCAGUCCGGGAUGAUUCCCUCGAAUGAACACGGCCGAUUUCAUUUCUCAUCCCUAACAAAAACAAUCUGAGUUUGUUCUACGUCCCUAAUGACCAACUUGUCGACGAGACAUUAAACCCUAAUCUUCCAUCCUCUUUUUUUCUGUUGUCUUCUCGUUUCAGUCCAUGAUUCCCGUCCACACACUGCUGUACUUUAGACGCGCACUGCCAGAAAUAUCUUCCCCAAGCUAAGUAUAACUAUACCUGUUACCUGUAUCUUUAUUUGUCGAGGGAAUUCCCCUCCGCCUGUGCCAGUAUGCUCCUUUUAUCCUACGUAGUUCAUCCAUCAUGUGUUAUUUUGCCUCUAAGGUAGCUUGAUUUAUCUGCAAUGUGACUCCCAAUUCAUGGUCAGUCUCAUCUUUGCUGCUCCCAGAUACCAUCGUCUUUAUUCACUUUACUCUCAACCCUAUCCCGGUUGGAAGAUUCAUUCAGUUCAACAACUCCGUAAAUGUCUCACGUUUUCUUUGAGUAUUCCUAUGACACUAUCAAAUCUUAUCUUUGGUAUCUAUUCAAAACGAAUUUUAUUCCACUCCUGACCAUUCGAUGUAUUUCCAACAUAUCUUUUCGACAUGCAGGUUUAAAUAUAAAGGAAAAUAGCCUCUUUUUCUUUCUUACGCCCUGUUGAGGCUGAGCACUUUUAUGAGAAAUAACAAAUGAAAACUAUCUCUGUUUACUAAUGUAAUGACUAACACCCAACACUACGUAACGUAAGCCGAAAGUUGCGAAGAAAUUCCGCACUCACCCCCCCCCCCCCCCCUGCUCCCCGCUCUUCCCACUAAUAAUCUGACUAUCUGUUGUCUCUUAAACGUACUGAAAAUUUAACAAAAUGAGAAAAUUUUAAAAUACACCAGUGCGUUAGUCUGGUUUGAUGCAUUCUCCCAUCAUCUCCUAAUCCUGAUAAUCUCUCAUCUGUACGAAGCUAUUACACACACAGCAUCUGUUCUGUAUUCAAUAGUUUUGUCUACCUCUACUAGGUUCCUUUCUGUAUCUUCAGCAACAGAUUCAUUAGCUCCUCCUGAAAGUCUUUGUUGAUUCCACUACUCUGGCUCUUCUUCCGGUAUACAUCUUGCAAAGUUUUAUGCCCCACCGUCUCAGUACUUCCUUCUUUUGUACUUUAUCGGCACAAAUAAUUUGUAACAGUCAUCCUCACUACAUUGCGAAAGAGUAUGAUUAAAUCCGAGUUUGCCUACUAAGAUAUGUAUUUUCCGUGGAUUCGAACUUCUUUGAAUGUCGUGACGGUUUCUUCCUAGACAUCUCGCUUACUUCAUUCUCGUUUAUUUCAUUCAUUAUUUUCGCUUGCGGGUUAAAACUAUACCGGAGAGGCAAAAGCACUAACUUUGUGUUCUUCAUGCUUUAGUCCUCUGAAGGUCUGUCGGUAGAGUUCGCUUCCACUCUUGUCAUGGACGACAUUUUUUGUCAAAAGAUUCAGACUUCUUUUAUCAGUGUUGUACAUUUGUCUUUGCGACGAAUUACAUACAAAAAUCCCAAAAGUAUAAAAUGUGUCGACAUAAUCAGAUCCACAAAUGUUUUCUAAUUAACGCACAGAAAACAUAAUUUGUUAUAAGCGUGAGAUUAUUCUUUUAUUUAUUUACUUUUUUAUGUAUUCAGUCUUUUUCCAGCGCAGUAUUUUGUUAUGAUACUAAAAACUUAUUAUUUGUAAUUAAAGAAGUAAUAAAGCGCUUCACUAAAAUACUGUUUGACAUCCUGCAUUAUUUUUAUGCACUAAACCUAAAACAGGGCGGAAAGAAGUAAUAAAGCGCUUCACUAAA